CUUCGCCGAAGCUGUCUCAAUCUACCACGUUUGGCACACGGCGGUUCGACAGCAACGACGAGAUGUCGCAAAUAAUGGCACCUCGAGUUUCGACAUGCUGUUGGCGGUCGCUCUUUGGCGAAAUGAUCCAACCUCGGCGGACUCGACAAUUCUCUAGACCUCUCGUCACGCUUCAGCGAGGUCCCGUCGAAAAACUGGCAAUUCCAGAAUCCCUCCCACCACAGUUUAGGUCUCAAAUACCACCACGACUCAGACCAGGUAGAGAUAAACGAGACAUGACGAUCCACGAAUCACCCGUAUCCGAAGCGGCAUUGUGUAAGGAUCCAGUCACCUUGGUCGACCGGAGACAACUCGCGGUUUUGGACCCGACGGGAGCCCGGGCGAGGUUGUUCGACAAGACCAACAAGGACCGGGCGCAGGUCGGGGAUGUUUUGUUGGUGACCUUCAAGACCGGAGAACCUGUUUCGGGAACCAUCCUCUCCAUCAAAGGGUCAGGUCCUCACAUCUCGGUGUUGCUGAGAAACCAAUUGACGGGGAUCGGGGUGGAGGUGUUGGUCAAAGUCCACAGUCCUUUGGUGCAGAGCAUGGAGAUUGCCCAGAGGACACCAAAGAGGAAGAGGAGGGCAAGGUUGUACUACUUGCGGAAACCCGAACACGACGCGGGUAGCGUACAAAAGAUUGUCGACCAGUACGUCAGGCAGAGGGCCAUGCUGAGUGGUGGCGGCGGGAAGGCGACGAGAUCAAAACAACAACAGUACACUGGUCCUAGGGGUAAGAGGGGAAAGAAAUGAGACCAAAAAAGGUACAGAGUACACCAAUUCGACAUGCCACACACCCACCCACACAUGCUUUGAGCGAAAAAGAGAGUGCCGGUCUAUGUUCGUCCCGUCAUGACAUACUGGAUCAACGAACAAAACCCAUUCUCUACCUUUGGCUUUCCACCAGGCACAGCGACGGGGUUUAGCAAUGGAGGGUUUUCAACGGCACUGGUUCACGUCCUCGUCAAGCAAACAUCUUACCAGAUAUAUAUCCACCCCGAAAACUCAGGUUCAGGCGAUGGAAAAGAGAAUCCAUGGUCGCAGGGUACGACUAGAGAGGCCGGUCAGAAUGACGACGGUCGUGUACAAUAUUUUUAUCUAUCUCAUUAUCGGUCUCCACAACCUGAAUACCUUAGGUGUAUGAUUUUCUUUUCUUUGUGCCAGAUGUCAAAACAAGCUGUGUAACCACAAAUCAACACCUCAAAGUAGCAGCAAUGUGUGGUCAUCGUCU